GAAGAGUUCAACACCUGAGCUGUGUGAUUCACAGCAAAGUACGUGAGGUGAAGCACCGCACCGCUCGAGGUCAAAAAGGAAAACAUGAGCUUUAAUUCUCUCUCUGAGGAGCAGUUCAGUUGCUCCAUCUGUCUGGAGAUAUUUGUGGAGCCCGUCUCCACACCAUGCGGCCACAGCUUUUGCAAGGCCUGUCUACAGGGCUAUUGGAACCACAGCAAGAAGUUCCUGUGCCCAAUGUGCAAGAAGAGCUACUCUAGAAAGCCUGAGAUGAGCGUCAACAGGGUCCUGGCUGAAAUAUCCUCCCAGUUUCAGGGGCUGACGGUGGCUAAAGGCACCGCCUCUCAGGGAUCCAGAUGGAAUUUGAGCUCAGAUACGGGCCAGAGCAGCUCGCCAGUGAAGGAUACCGGAGAGUUUGCCCAGCCUGGGGAUGUUCCUUGUGAUGCUUGUAUUGGAAGGAAGUUAAAGGCGCGGAAAUCUUGUGUGAACUGCCCUGGGUCUUUCUGUGAGUCCCAUCUCAGGCAUCAUAAGAAGGUCAAGACACUGACAACUCAUCGUCUGAUUGAACCAACUUUCCACCUGGAAGACAAAAUUUGUAAGAAACAUGAACGUCUCCUGGAUGUUUACUGCCGGAGCGACCACAUAUGCAUCUGCUCUGCCUGUGCCGAUGCUACACACAAAUCCCAUGAGACUGUCUCCAUUGACCAUGAAUUUAAGAAGAAGAUGGGUAACGUGGGAAAGAAGAGAUCAGAGCUGAAACAUCUGAUCAAGGAGAGAGCCAAGAAACUCGACGAGAUCAAACAGUCCAUCAAGGUCAUAAAGGCCAGUGCUCAGAAGGAGUUGGAGGAAAGCUGGCAGGUGUACGCAGAGCUGCAGCGUCUGGUGGAGCAGAGUCAGGCGGAGCUGGUUGAGCUGAUAGCCACGAGGCAACGUGAGGCGGAGCGUCACGCACAGGAAAUGGCCAGGGGUUUGGAGAAUGAACUCAGCCAACUGAGGAGGAGGAGCAAUGAGCUAGAAGCCCAUGCACAGACACACGACAAAGUGCUUUUCCUUCAGAACCUGGCGUCACUGUCACCCCCACCCGAGCCCACUGAUUGGUCAGCGGUCAGCAUCAAUACUGACCUUUAUCUGGGAACCAUCCGGUCUUCGGUCAGCGGCCUCAUUGAUAAGUUCCAGGAUGAGCUUAAAAGAAUAUACGGGAAAGAGCUCCGGAAGGUGCAGAACUACGCAACUGAGGUGAUUCUGGAUCCUGCCACAGCCCAGAGGAACCUGACUGUGUCUGAUGAUGGUCAGCAGGUGAGAUAUGAAGAGCGCAAGUCCACUCACUCUGAGGGUCCAAAGCGCUUCAGCCCGGCCCUCUUUGUCUUGGGCCGGGAGGGGAUCAGCACGGGGCGACACUACUGGGAGGUGGAUGUGUCGCGAAAGACGGCCUGGACGCUCGGCGUAGUCCGCGCUUCUGCCCGACGCAAGGGUGAAAUCAAGCUGAGUCCCGAGGGUGGAUACUGGUGCCUGUGGCUGAAGAACGGGGAGGUGAAAGCGCUGGCGUCGGCCCGCUUGCCUCUAAUGCUGCCUUCCCAACCCAGUAAAGUCGGAAUCUUUCUGGAUUACGAAGGAGGCCAGAUUUCUUUCUAUGAUGUGAAGGCUCGUCUGCAUCUCUACAGUUUUAGCGAUAGCUUCAGUGAGAACCUGUACCCGAUCUUCAGCCCCUGUCUCACCCAGGAGGGGAAGAAUAACGCCCCGCUCAUCAUAACCCAUGUUAAACACAGCGGGCAGCGGUUACAGCCUGUCUCAUAUGUCAGUGCACUGUGGAGUCUCCAGGCAGCUGCUCUCUGCAGGUUUGAUGACCCAUUCAAAGGCUGGUUGCUUGCACUGAAAAUGACCCUGCCUCUCCGCCGUGCAGGAAUGGCCACCACUGGGAACCUUUCAGAAGAGCAGGUGCACUGCUCCAUCUGUCUGGACGUCUUCACCAACCCCGUGUCCAUCCCCUGCGGACACAACUUCUGCCAGAGCUGCAUCCUGGGAUACUGGAAAAGCAGUCCUUUGUAUCAGUGUCCCAUGUGCAAGAAGUCCUUCUACAAAAGGCCCGAUAUUAGCGUCAACACCGUCUUGAGGGAAAUCGCAGAGCAGUUCAAGGAGAUUAGGAUUAAAAGCAUGGAAGGGAAGGGGAGCAAGGAAGAGGGAGAGGGGAAGGAAAGGAAGUGGACAAUAGAAAGGAGGAAAAGGGAGGAUGAGGAGAGGCUUUUGGAGAAAGACCAGAAAGAGCAGCUUUUGGAGGAGCUGAAGCUGAAGCAAGAGGAGAAGAGAAAGAAAGAGGGAGUGAAGGAGAAACAAGGAGAGAAGAGGCCACAGCAAGAAGACUUACCACCUUUAAUCCCUCCGGUCUCACCUCCGAAGACCUCUCCUCCACUGGCACACCAAGCCACAGCACAAGAGCCACCACCUCCACUUCCCCAAACAUCACCCCCACCCUCGCCUCAAAUCUCUGCUUCUCAACUUCCUCAAACUUUACCAUCUCCUCCUUUCUCUUCGCUCCCAUCUCCAUCUUGGGAGGAAGUCCUGUGUGACGUUUGCCUCGGGGAAGGUAGGCCGAAGGCAGUCAAAUCCUGCCUGGUGUGUCUAACUUCCUACUGCGAGGAGCAUCUGAAAUGUCACUCGGCCCGCUUCACUAAGCACAAGCUGAUGGAGCCCGUUGCCAACAUGGAGGACAGGAUGUGUCCGAAGCACGAGAGGCUCCUGGAGCUGUUCUGUAAGAAGGAUCAGAUGUGCGUGUGCGUCCUCUGCACUGAGACGGACCACAGGGCGCACUACACCGUCCCUGUGGAGAGAGAAUGGACAGAGAAAAAGGCGCAGCUGAAGAGGACAGGAAUAGACGUCCAGCAGAUGAUCCAGGACAGAGUGAAAAAGGUGGAGGAGAUCAAACACUCUGUGGAGCUCAAUAAAGCCAGCGCUCAAAGAGAGAUCGAGGAAAGCAUGCAGGUCUUCUCGGAGCUGGUGCGCUCCAUCCAGAAAACUCAGGCCGAGCUGGUUUUGGUCAUCGAGGAGAAGCAGAGGCAGAUGGAGAGGUGGGCUCAAGGCCUCAUUGCUGAACUGGAACAGGAAAUCACUGAGCUGAAGCGGAGGAACGCAGAGUUGGAAACUGUUGCUCGGACUGACCACAUUCAUUUCUUAAAGAGCUUCCCAGCCCUCAGCACUCCACCAUCUGUUAAAGACUGGUCUGAGACCAGUGUUCCCACUGACACAUGUAUUGGGAUGAUCAGAAGAUCAGUGUCCAAACUAGAGGCGACGUUGACUGAAAUGAUUGACAAACUGUCUGACAGUGAGAUCAAAAAAGUUCUGAACUAUACAGUGGAUGUCACUCUUGACCCUGACACAGCCAACCCGUGGCUGCAGCUCUCUCAGGAUAGACAUCAGGUGAGACACCUGGGCGCCUGGCAGGACCUCCCGGACCACCCUGAUCGUUUCGACACGGUGGUUAUAGUAUUGGCCCGUGAGGGCUUCACUUCUGGAAGACACUAUUGGGAGGUCCAGGUGGGGGAAAAGGAUGACUGGUACCUAGGUGUGGCGAGGUCAUCUGUUAACAGAAAGGGCAGGAUCUCUGUAAGCACCACCCAAGGCUAUUGGGCUCUGGCCAUGAAGAAAGGCCAGGGAUACAGAGUGUCAACAUCCCCACCGUCACUGCUCUCCCUCGACCCUAAGCCCAAGAGAGUGGGCGUGUAUGUGGACUAUGAAGAAGGCCAAGUGUCGUUUUAUGAUGUGAGAGCACGGACCCAUAUUUACACCUUUGAGGAUACCUUCACUGAAAAAAUUCUUCCAUUUUUCUACCUGUACUGCUGUGACAAAGCCUCUGACACCAUCAUCAUCUGUCCGGUGAAUGAGAAACAUCUGAUCAAGCAAAGCUAAGGACAUAAAAACAAAAGUUGUUGUAGCUAUACCUGAUUUAAUUACAUGUGAACUGUAGCUAAAUAUGUUAAUUAUACAUCUUGUGAAUUUGUAGCCAACAUGCUACAAAACCUCAAAUGAUGUUCUGGUAAAAAGAAACAGUGUUGACAUUAUUGCAGAAGGUCUCAUAAGAAGAUUUGCAUUUCAAGAUUGUUUGCAUAUUAAAUACAUUGUCAUUUGAUUAGCAUUAAAAACUGGGUGUGCAG